GGCUUUGAACUCUCAAUACCCUGAUACUUCUGCACCACUGACUUUAGGUUUUUUUUUGUUUUGUUUUGUUUUUAAAAUUUGUAUUCAUUUAUCCAAAGUGAGCCUGAAUCCAGUCCAAAUGCAAGGAGAAUGUGAUGUGCAAGAUAAUGUAAGUAUGAAGGGAUUAAGUAAAGGUAAUAGUAGCAGGAUGGAGUAAAAGUAAUGUCACUUGUUUGAGGAUCAAUGUAUAUAAAACUAAUGCUAUCUGAUAGUUGUAGAAUAUCUCUCCAAUCCAGGUCAAAAACUUAUAGAGACAAGGGGUUAUAGAUGUCAAAGGAUCAAACUAAGUAAAAUAAAACUGAGACCUCUACAGAAAGUCUGAAUCAAUACAGUCAUGACACAGGCUUUUAUAUGGUCUUGAAACUGAGCCUGACUAGGGUGGGUUUACCCCUUCUUCCUUCGGAAACGACCUGUCAUUGCACCACAAUAAAUUUCUUCUUGUCAGAUGCUGUUUAUAAUUGUAGUGCAAGUCCAAUCAGUUCUUUUUUUUUUUAGAUGAACUAAUCAGCAUUAGCGCUUAAGCACAGGUGCAGACAUUUCUGACUAAUGCACUUUUGUGAACAUUGCUGUGACAUAAUCUUAUACAUCGGUUACAUAGGAGUUGAUUAAUGCAAUUAUUGAGUCCAACAUUCCCUACAUGAGCAUGCACUGGUUAAAUGCUGAUUUAAACACUCCUCUACCGGAAAAUACAGGACAUUUCUAACUCGGUACAUACUUGUAUCAUUUAUUUAAUUAGAAAAUACUCUAUAAUAACAGUGUGAAUAUUUUUUCCCCUGGAAAGUACAAACAGUAAGGGCCUAUGGUGGCUUCGUGGAUAGCACGUUUGCCUCACACCUCCAGGGUUCGGGGUUAAAUUCCUGCCACUUCUCUGUGUGUGUGUGUAUUUUGCAUGUUCUCCCCAUGUUGCCGGGGUUUUCUCCGGGUACUCCGGUUUCCUCCAGUCCAAAGACAUGCGUGGUAGGUUGAUUGACGUGCCCAAAGUGUCCAUAGUGUGUGAAUGUGUAUGUGAGUGUGCCCGGCGAUGUAUUGGCAUCCUACCUUGUGCCCCAUGCUCCCUGGGAUAGAAUCCAGGUUCCCUGCGACCCUGAAGGAUAAGCGGUAUAGACGAUGGAUGGAUGGAAGUACAAACAGUAUUUAUAAUAAGUGGUUUUGACAGUUUUUCUCCAUCCACCUCAUUUUAUAUACUUGGCUUGAAUAGAUUUUGGGACACACCAGCAGUUUCCUGUGAUUCACUGAUAAUUUAACUGACGUGUCACAUGACUGGAAACCCAACAAAUAAUUCUCAUAGUCUGCAUACUCUACUGAAGAAUAGUAUACAGCAAAAAAAAUUAGUAAAAGUUUGCCAUUUGGAACGCCUCCGCAAGGGGAUCUGAGUGAAAGUGGGCGAGGGCGCAUCAGAUGACAGUAUUGGGACGAGGCCGUGGUGCAUUCACUUUCCCUCACGGUGAGUUGAGGUUUAACAGCGGGGACUUGGUGGGCUGAGCGGGGGAUGCUGCUGCUGCUGCUUUCCUCUCAUCCUCUCUUGCUGCACGUCAAAGCGACUAUCAUAUGCAAGGACGGUUAUUUGCUUGCGAAGGCUCUAGGAAGACAUUUUUGACCGUACAGGAAAGUCUUGCUGUUUUCCGGAUGGAGGGGAGGUUUGGAGGCUUUCAGGAAGGACACCAUGUUUCCCUGUGUCUCCUCAUGGCCUUCUGCUGAAGCGACCGCCCCUCUCGACUAUGCCCCAUCCACUCCUGCAGCCCAGACACCUGAUCAAACGCUUCCGGACCUGCUGCGCGGGUGUGCCACACUCUCAGCCCCUCCCCUGAGCCCUUGUACCAUUGAAAUGGAGUCCCUUAUUGUGGUGACAGAGUAUGAGCCUAGUGGGGACAGGAUGGGCGACGUUGAGGAGGAGGAUCCAGAGGAAAUGGAUAGCUCAGAGACGCCUGAGCCAGCCUCAGCUCCACCUCCACCCUUCCAUGCUCCAUCCUGUGACCUUUUAUCACAUACAGCCUGCCGACCUGAGGCUCUCUUCCCAGUUGCGCAGGAACACCGUGGCAGGCUGAACCUCUCAGACAGGAAGCUGUCACUGCAGGAGCGCUCACAUACCCUUUCCUCACCCUGCGGCUCACCCGGCCUCAACGGGCGCUACAUCUAUCCCUCGCUGCCCUACUCGCCCAUCACCUCGCCCCACUCGUCCCCUCGCUUGCCUCGUCGACCCACUGUCGAGUCGCACAGAGUUUCCAUCACUGACCUGCAGGACUGCGUGCAGCUGAACCAGUACAAGCUGAAAGACGAGAUCGGAAAGGGAUCCUAUGGAGUUGUCAAACUGGCCUACAAUGAAGACGACAACACCUACUACGCGAUGAAGGUCCUGUCCAAGAAGCGUCUGAUGCGGCAGGCUGGUUUCCCACGAAGACCUCCUCCUCGAGGGGCCCGAUCUGCUCCCGAGGGUCCACUUCAGCCCAAAGGCCCCCUGGAACGGGUGUACCAGGAGAUCGCCAUCCUCAAGAAGCUCGACCAUCCUAAUGUGGUCAAGCUGGUGGAGGUGCUGGAUGACCCAAGUGAGGACCAUCUGUACAUGGUAUUUGAGCUGGUCAAGCGAGGCGCGGUGAUGGAGGUCCCCACUGAUAAACCCCUGAAUGAGGAGCAGGCUCGCUUCUACUUCCAGGACCUGCUCAGAGGAAUUGAGUACUUACACUAUCAGAAGAUCAUUCACCGUGAUAUUAAGCCAUCUAACCUGUUGGUUGGCGAGGAUGGACACAUUAAAAUCGCUGACUUUGGAGUCAGCAACCAGUUUGAGGGAGCCGACGCCCUGCUGACCAGCACGGUGGGAACGCCGGCAUUCCUCGCUCCAGAGACGCUCUCCGAGACCCGCAAGAACUUCUCGGGCAAGGCUCUGGAUGUUUGGGCCAUGGGGGUCACACUGUACUGCUUUGUCUUUGGCGUGUGUCCCUUCAUGGACGAGCGCAUACUGAGUCUUCACCAGAAGAUCAAAACUCAGCCCGUGGAGCUUCCCGAGCAUGCCGAUGUGUCUGAUGAUUUGAAGGACCUCCUUUUAAAGAUGCUGGAUAAAAAUCCUGAAAACAGAAUAACCAUACCACAGAUCAAGGUUCACCCUUGGGUGACACGGCAUGGGGCGGAGCCUCUUCCUCCUGAGGAUGACAACUGCUGCAGUCUGAUUGAGGUGACAGAGGAGGAGGUGGAGAACUCAGUGAAACAUAUCCCCAGUCUGGCCACAGUGAUCUUGGUGCGCACCAUGCUGCGUAAGCGCUCGUUUGGGAAUCCGUUCGACUGGAGCCGCAGGGAGGACCGCAGCCCCACUACACAGGGACAUGGCCUAACGAAACAAGAGAGUGGAGACGGCAUACGCAGUGUGGACUUGCCCUUCGUAGGCGAGGAUGAAGUGCUUUCCUGACGCCUCAUGCCUGACUAAAAGGGCUUAGUGUCUCACGCCCCCGGGAUGUGGAUGAUGGGGGAUUUGGAAUGGUUCCUGAGCGCCAUCGUGCACCUAGGACACGAGGACAGCGGCGUGUGGGGCGUUUCCCCUACAACAUGCAUGCAUUUGUACAGUUUUACAGCAGCAUGCGCUGUGUGUGUGUGUGUCAUCUCAGGACACACUCUUCCUUGCAUUUGUGAGUGUGUGUUUAUUUCCUCUCCUGUCCAGUGCAGAGGCUAUGCUUGCACUUUUACUAUAUGGAGUGAGAUCAUGCUAUUUCUUGAAGCACAUGGUGGAGGUGGUUCGAACGUGAUUGGCUGUUUCUCAACACAGGACAUGCAAAAACAACAACGACAACAAAAAAAACAACAACUCAUAAUUACUUGGUUAAUAGCUUCCAGUUAAAGCUUAAAGCUACCACAGGAGGUUAUUGCUAGCUAGCUGAUUUAGCUCAGCUGCGCCUCCUGAUGGUGGAAGUAUAAAGCAGACUUUCAUAUCAGUCAAUGUUGUUUACCAAAUCAGCAAGUCGUGUAACCCGUUUAAUAAAAUCAGCAUGUAGAUUGUG